AUGUUUUCAAAAAUUAUCCUAGUCGCAACCCUCCUCGCUGCGGUGAGCGCGCGGCCGCAACACGAUCACGACUACCAGCACGGUCACGGUCACGCUGUGUCAUCGCAGAGCAUCGUACUGCACCAAACUCACGAGAGCAAGCACGAGCCCGUACACCACGAGGAACAUCAUGAGGAGCAGCACGAGCAGCACCAGGAGGAGCAUCACCACGGACACCACGAGGAACACCACGGCCACGCAUCCUCCUCACAGAGCAUCAAGCAGCACCACGGCAAAGCCACUGAGAAACACGUCGAGUACUAUUCUCACCCUAAGUACGAGUUCGCGUACAAAGUGGAGGACCCUCACACCGGCGACAAGAAGUCGCAGCACGAGGCGCGCGACGGCGACGUCGUGAAGGGCGUGUACAGUCUGCACGAGCCUGACGGUACCAUCAGGAUUGUGGAGUACUAUGCUGAUAAGAAGACCGGAUUUAACGCCAACGUGAAGCGGGAAGGCCAUGCCAAACACAUCAUUCCUGAACAUCAUCAUCAUCACCACAUCUGCAUAGCCGCCGCCGUCAUCUGCGCCAUUAGCGUUUCGGCACAACACGAGCAUCAUCACCACGGCCACGCCUCCUCCUCACAGAGCAUCAAGCAGCACCACGGCAAAGCCACUGAGAAACACGUCGAGUACUAUGCUCACCCUAAGUACGAGUUCGCGUACAAAGUGGAGGACCCUCACACCGGCGACAAGAAGUCGCAGCACGAGGCGCGCGACGGCGACGUCGUGAAGGGCGUGUACAGUCUGCACGAGCCUGACGGUACCAUCAGGAUUGUCGAGUACCAUGCUGACAAGAAGACCGGAUUCAACGCUAAUGUGAGGCGUGAGGGUCACGCCAAGCACAUUGUUCCUGAACACCACCACCACCAUUAAAUCUGUGAUAUUACUUGUUAGAAAUGCCUCGUUGACUAAUUGUUAAUCUAAUUAUAAGAAUAAAAUA